AUGGCGUCCAGACCCUACAGUAAUAGCCCCUGGCCGUCACCGACACCGGACAUUCCUUCAACUCAUCCUCCACCGCCUGCGGUCACAUCGGACGGUUAUGUGGAAGGUCGAUCGAUGAAGCGUAGGAGGUUACACUCAGCCCAGGUCUUGGAGGCAAGACGAGAUGGCCUUGUCGCACGGCAGAUAGUAGCGGAGCAGGCUCUCAUAGAGCAAGCUCGGAGAGACUGCCAACUAUUGUCCGGCAACGAAAUCAUCUCCUGCUUCCCUACAGCAGGCAUCAGCAUACCCCAGCACCAAUGGGCCACCUUCGUUUGGAAUUCUCGCAGACCAGAACUCACACAAUUCAACCGAGUCAACAUCUACCUCUUCCGUGCAGACUCGAGGCAGGAAGUCCUCCGAUUCAUGGACCGACCCAACCCCACAGACCAAGCCGGUGUCGUCACCGCCAGAGUCGACGAUCGAUGGUUUGGUAGAGACGGAGAAAGGUGGGAGGAGGGCCGCAACAUCAGCUACCCGUUCUACUGGGUGAUUACUCGAAGUGACGAGGAACUGAAUGGCAACGAGAUACCGCAGUCGACCUUCAGUGCUAUUCAAACGACAUACGCAGACUCCGUCUCAGCUUCCCGCUCUUCCGCCUCGGUUGCUUCCGCUUCUUCUGCUUCUGCAAUCUCUGCGUCAUUAUCAUCCGCCUCGGCGGCGUCGAUGUGGUCGCUAACCGCUACCAGGAUCACGACCAUCUCAGGAACGCCAACAACGUUGACCGGUACCCUCGCCUUCCCUACGGGCAAUGUCCAAGAAGAUGCUGGCAGUGAUUCUUUCCCGCGCUGGGCAAUCGCAGUCAUUGUCGUGCUCGGUUUCCUCGCCAUCGCCGCGACUUGCAUCUUGGCCUUCCUCAUCCUUCGCCGAAUCCGACGCCGAAAUCAAUCAGAACUUGACUCCCACCGCAACUCGAUGGGCUCCGCAUCACCUAUGAUGGCCAACGCUGCCCAACAACCCUCUCCCGUCAUCGCUCCCACUAUUCUUCCAACUGUAAGGCGCCCGGAUUCACUUCGGCGCAAUGACAGCCAUGAUCGAGGGGGUGGACAGAAUGCGCCUAGUGUCGUCCUGCAUGACGGGGAAUCGGGCGUAUCAGGCGAGGGCGGUCCGUUUAGUGGUGCUGAUGCGGCUAUUAUGGCGGAUGCAUUCAGGAAGAUGUUGCGGAAACCUGACUUUGCUGCGGUGGACGAAGGGGAGAGUCCUGACUCUGCCAAUGACCCUGGGGGACCGGCUGGAGGUCAGCACAUGCUCAGCAGGGAAUUGGCUGAAGAGGGCAGAGAUAUCAGAAGCGUAGGAUCAAGUAGAGGGGUUAGAGUGGAAAGCCUAAGUGAUGCUGAACGUCCUCGCGAUUCGCACCACCCGUCGUAA